GGCUAGUUCCGCUUCCAGAUCCCUUGUUUUGCGUUGGCCGAAUGGAGGAGAGCAAAGAAAUUUUUAGGUCUAGCAACAAGGUGGAUCCUCUUUGAUCAUAGGCACACUAAUUAAAACAGCCGGUUAGUUUUCACCUCACCAAAUCUAGGCUCAUCCCGUGCAGCAAUAGGCACACUACUUCACGACCCCCGCACUUACUUACUCACUAGUUAGUGGAUCCAUUCACAAGAAAAAAGUGCCAGUACUCACGAUAGUCGUCAGGACGAGGCUCUAACUUCUUAACAUUGGAAUGCGACGCAAGUUUGUUGGAUUAUUACGAUGUAACCGAAGUGCAGGUGACCGAGAAGCCUCCGCCAGCUUUUUUUGGGCAAUCUCAUGUUAAGGCAUCUUUAUGUCAAUCAAGCACUACAACAACGUCUGCUAUGAACGUCUAUGCCUAUGCAUGAUUAUUUCAUCCUUGUGGUCUCUCUCUCUUUGGUACUAAUUCCCCUACGACCUGCUCUAAGUAUCCUUGGUUUCGGUUCACGCCUUUUUUGCGAGACGAUUCGGGCAUCUUGUACGCAAAGAAUCUGAUUCCGGUUUCACGUCAAAGUACAACAACAGCAAGGAGUACAAAUCAAGAUACAGUAAACAGUGUUGUCAAGAACAUCAAGACCACAGAAGGAGGACCACCAGAGCAGGAAGAUAAUGACUUAGAAAUGUCCAGCAUCAUCGUAGAGGAAGACUUGGACAUAACCCUGUUAAGACUACCGCUAGCGCAUAAAUCUUCCUUAAUGUCACCUUGUUCCUGGGCCCUCAAGAUAAUGGCUCUCAAGAUAAUGGCCCUCAAGAUAAUGCCUCUUCAAGGGGAAAAAGAAGUGUCCAACAAGGGUAUCAUGGCUCUCAAGGAAGAUGCAACGUGGUAGCUCUAACCCUGCCUUCCGCAACCGACGCCUUCUGGCAAGAAGCGAAAGACGACAAUGCAACUGACGCCUUUUUGCCAGAAGCGAAGGACGACAAUGCAACCGACGCCUUCUGGCAAGAAGCGAAAGACGACAAGAAUAACGACAGUGACGAGUACGAUGUCGAGUACGAAGAUGUCGAACUACGUGGAGAAGAUGAGGAAGGCAUUUUUUUAAGGGUUGGAAGUUGACCUCUCUAGAAGCAUUUAUCUAUGGCCUUUUCAAGUAGACAAGUGAUAGAUAUGCGACCAGCGACCUAGCAGGUCGGUCAACUUGCAACCCCAGCUAAUUCUUGACUCUGCUAGCUCGACCAAAAGAGCUACUUACCAAAGAACAUCUUCGCGGGAGAUAAUCACAGCAGGUGCCGCGUUGGGAGUUGCCGAUGUCGACGACCCCUUAGACGUGACCCUGCCCACAGCACUGCCCACAGCCACAGACUUGCCGAUUGAUAUGGACGUCGAAGUAGAGGAUGGUGAGGGCAUGAGCAUUCCCAUGGCUACAGACUUGGACACCGACUUUGCUUUACUUACGGCUAGUUUAUCACUAAAUCGUGUCAUGUACUAGGCUACUACGGUGAGAAGUCCGUGGGUCGCCCUUCUUGACGUAAUAAUGAGGGGAAUGAAAGUAGGGAAUGAAAGUAGGGAAUGAAAGUAGGGAAUGAAAGUGGGGAAUGAAAGUAGGGAAUGAAAGUAGGGAAUGAAAGUAGGGGAAGAGAAGAACUCGAGAAGAACUGAAACUUUUCACUCAACCAUGAAUGGAUAGUGAAAAACCUAACGCGCCGCUAAGAUACAACAGUUAGAGGACGAGUUGGAGGGCGUCGACGGUGGCGAAUAUGAUGGUGAGCUAGUACAUGUUCUAGAUCACACACCGGCACAUCACGCGAAAGCACAAGGAAAUGCUCCCUGUUUUCAUGGUACAACUUCUACUUGUAGCACGAUUUCGAGAACUACAACGAGGGUUUCUCCUUGUACUAUGACACACAGUGCGACAUCCAGCGCCUCUUCAGCCUGGGCGGCUGCUAGUGGAGGUAGUGGGGGUCAUCGUCCAGGCAGCGGAGGAAAUACAACGAGAAGCUCUGUUAUGAGUGCUGUCCUUGUAGUUGGCUCUCUAGUCUAGUUAUAGACUUUUUACUUUUUUUUCGAUCGAAGUUGGACUAGUCGUGCUUUAUAUUAUAUACUCUAAUCUUCCGUCUCACCGUUUGAGUAAGAAAUGGGAGAAACCGAUUUGGUCAUUUUUCGAUAGUAAGAAAACCGAAAAAAGAGUGCUCACGUCGACAUCAACACCCAAAGCGACAACAUCUUCCUUGUCCAGCAGAGCAGUCGUCGUUUUGCCACCGCCCCCACCACUAUCCCCAAAGCGUCCUAAUAGCGAUCCAGAGUUUCGCCCUGAAGGACGACGUGAAGAAGUACGACGUGAAGAAGUACGACGUGAAGAACCUCUACAUACAGAGGAAAGCUCCUUUGUUGCAGCUGAUGUGGAACAUGAAGAUAUGGUUAAGGCUACUGUACAACUCAAAAUUCCAUGUCUCCACAUCCUUCUCGCUUGCUUUUUCGUCCUCUAGAAUGAUCAUCCUUCAAUUCAUCUUUUCUACUACUUAUCCUCUUAAAAAUCAAUGUGGUUUGUAAACUUCGGGGUAAGUAGUCGUGAAGUGAAACGACCUACAAGCUAAUCCAACCAUCCUCAAUAUUAUACACAGUUGCGACGUCAACUACAUCAAGACCAGCAGAGUAGGAAGACCAGAGGAGGAGGAAGACAUCCUCAAUACUAUACACAGUUGAAGAUAAUGACUUAGAAAUGUGAAGCAUCAUCGUAGACGAAGACUUGGACAUGCCGUCCUCUGCAAUAUAUAAUCUCUGACUGCAGCUCUAAUAUGGAGGAUUUCCGUAGGUCGAUCGAUAAACUGAAUCCUUUCCUUAAAGAAGCGACGCCUGCUGAUACAUCCUCUACUGAUAGAGUCAUCACCACGUGCUCUACUCUGAUACAUCCACCACGUGCUCUACUCUUCUCUAAAGUACCAGGAGAGACCACGACCACGAUUCAUCAGCAAGGUGAACAACGGGAACAAUAUGACGGACGAGAGUCGACUGAACAACAAGAACGUGGAGAGCGUACUUCUACUUCCCGCAGCACUUCUUCCGACAUCAAUACUAUUGACGGUAAGAACUACAUGAAGAAUUAUCAGGAGCAAGCAUCAAGAACAUUGACAUCUUCUUUUCUCGGCCAGCACAGUGUCAGUAAGAAAACUGCUCCACCUCUUUGGCCGCAGCUAUCUUUGCCUUUAUCAGCGGUGACAAGAACGGAUGUUGAUAGAAGUAGAUCUCCGAAAGGAAAUGGAUGUGCAACUUCAACAACGGCAAGCGGUGGCGAGUCCCGCGUGCUGCCCCCUCCUCCUCGAGAAGCGAGCCCACAGAGCUGUAGUUCUGCUUCUCAGCACACAAGUCGUCACCUCAUCAAAUUUUUUAAUCCUCCAAAAUUGCUGAAUGUACCUAGUACACCAGUUAUGAAAGAAAAAAGUGCACUCACACUCAAAAAAGUGGCUAUUUUCCUACUUAAAUCCUAGCCAAUUCCUUGAGUGUGAGUGCACUUUUUCGUUUCAUACCAGUGGGCGGUGCUGGUCUUAGUACACCUAGUAAUACAUCAAGUAGUAAAACAAGUACUAGUAACUCCCUUGGUCUUGGAUUUCAAAGUGGAAGUGGAACAACUUCCGCAAGCUGCAAUCUAGAUGCAGGAUCAUUACUAGAUUCAUCUUCAUUCCGCAAUGCUGUUGCUACCUUGCGUCAGGGUGCUACCACAACAUCUUCAUGUUCGACACAAGAAGAUGUGGUUGUAGGAGGUUUCUCUGAUAGAAGUUCUACAGCUAGGUUCCUCCCAUACAACUAUGAUAAUACUUCUUGUUCCACCAGAAACAACACCAACUAUAAAGAUACUUCUGCCGAUGGUGCGAACAACAACAAUAUUAUGAAAAAUCCCCUUGGGUUGCAGAAAAUGAUGAAUCACUACAACCACACAACUUCUAGUUCUACAACAAGCAUUAAUAGAAAUCUUCAGGAUAGCAAGAGGGUGGAGGACAAAAAUAUCAUGAAGCCGUUUGCCGGAUACUUCAACUUCAACAACUACGCUAACAGGAGAGUAAGCGACAGCACACCUCCUUCGAGAGUAGGAGCUACAGUAGCUAGUAGGCCUGCAGUCUUACCACCACCGGCAAAACGAGUGAAGACUGAUGCAGUGAAGCACGUAGUAGCGAAUAGCAGCUCGUUUUGAGAGGAUGAAGAGCUUCGUUUUGAGAGGAGGAACUUCGUUGUUUAUAGUCGGAGACAGCGAAGAACUGCAACCUAAUAUUUAUGCAAGCCAGGACCAUUAAAUGGAGAAGGAGAACUAGUACAACUACUGUAUUUGUGCAGCUUUUCCUGUUUUAGAACAACGAAAAUCAAAAUACCAACAGCCCUUGAAGUAGAACGAGACCGAGAGGACAUAUUCCAAUAGACCUGAGCAAGAAUAUAGGGAUUGCAGCAUUUUCCCUAUUUUUAGGAAGAUCAAGGUGGUACUAGUACAACUCAGAUGUUGUUGAUAUACAAGACAGUACUCAGAUGAUUGUUUUCCACGAACAUAAAAUGCACUACUCUACUACUCGUCUUAUAUCUACUUAAGUAAUUAUCGUAGAAUGAACGAUUUUGGAAUGCCUAUUAAGCUCGCAACGAAUCAGCCGCCCAAACCCAAUGAAUACUUUUAGCGAUCCAGCAAUACGAACCCAAGAAUGUUGAAUUUAAUACUCUUAACGAUGAAACGACCCAAUCAUGAAUACUUUCUAACGCAACUAGAAAAAAUAGGUGAACUACUCCUGAGAUGAAUCAGUAGAGAUGAGUCUGUUGAUCACGAGCAUGACUCGUGAGAAAAGAAACCGGAAUGAAUUUUUUCGUAGAUUUUUUUCCUUGAAGAUCGACCGCUUGCAAUAAAUUGUUUCAUCCUCAUACAAACCUUGAGCCUAUAUGGAAGCAAAGAGAUGAACAAACUUAGAAGC